GGGAGGGGGAGAAGCAGGACACGGCAGCGUGCUCGAGGAGGAGGCCGAGGCAGAGAGUCUAUUUCAGAAACAGGAAUAAUAAUUUGCAGAGACCAUGAGGUUUAUCUUUAUUGGAUUAAUUGCCCUCUGCAUGCUGAUGAAUGCAUUAACAGAUGCCCGGCCAGUACAGGAUGAAGAUGACCCGUAUGAGGAACCUGCAGCCCUGCCAUAUUGGCCUUUCUGGUCCAGUGAUUUUUGGUCGUACGUGGAUUAUUUCCGGACCUUGGGAGCAUACAACAGAAUCAACGAAAUGGCCAGAACCCUGUUUGCUCAAUACCCUUUUGGAAAUAACCUUGGUUAUGAUGUUCCCUACCAUGAGCACUAAUGAUUUUGCUCAUUUUGCUAAAGCUAGUGCUGAGACCUUUAAAGGAAUUUACUGCUGCCAGUAAACAUGCCUGACUUGCCCAUUCAGUCUAUGUUGUUUCAAUGUUUUUAAACAUUAAACAUAUUGUACAGCGUUUCCAUAUUUGUAAAA